AUGUCCGCCGCCGCCGCCGCGCCCGCGCUGCGCUUGCAAUACUUUAACAUCGAAGGCCCCGCGGAGAAGAUUCGAUUGACGCUGUCGAUCGCGAAGAUUCCCUUCCGAGACGACCGCGUCGCGUUCGAGGACUGGCCGAGCGUGAAACCGACGACGCCGUACGGACAACUGCCCGUGAUGUACGUCGACGACGAAGCGAUGGCGCAAUCGGAUGCGAUUUUGAGAUACUGCGGACGGUUAGCCGGAUUGUACGACGAACAACGCGCGAGCGAAAUCGACGAGGCGGUGUCGCUGGUGGAGGACAUGCGCGAGUCGUGGUACCCGAACUUGGCGGUCGGCAUGGCGCCCGAGAAGUAUAAUCUCGAGAAAGGGUCGGACGCGCACGCGGCGACGACGAAGGCGAUGCGAGAGCGCUGGAUCCGCGAAGAGCUUCCGCGAUACUGCGGCUUCAUCUCCAAGCGCGUCGCGGGCGGCAAGUUUCUUUGCGGCGACCGGGUGACGAUCGCGGAUUGCGCGUUGGUGCCGCUGUUGCGCAGAUUUCGCAGCGGCGGGAUCGAUCACGUGCCCAAAGAGUGUCUCGACGCCUUCGCCGACGUCGUCGCGUACUACGAAAAGUUUCACGCCAUUCCGGAAGUCGCCGCGUGGUACGCCGCCAAAUCGGCGUGA